AUGGCGGCAGCCGCGGCCCUCCUGCUGCUCCUGGCCCUCGGCGGCGCGGCGGCGCAGGUGUUCCCGCCCUGGAACGGCACGUUCCCCGGGUUCGGGCCCGGGAGCGGCGGGGGCGCGGGCGCGGCGGCGGGGGCGGGGGCAACGGGCGUGCCGGCGAUGUUCGUGUUCGGGGACUCGCUGACGGACAACGGCAACAACAACGACCUGCAGUCGCUUGCCAAGGCCAACUACCCGCCCUACGGCAUCGACUUCGCCGGCGGGCCCACCGGCCGCUUCUCCAACGGCUUCACCAUGGUCGACGAGAUCGCUCAACUCCUGGGCCUGCCGCUGCUGCCGUCGCACCCGGACGCCUCGUCGGCGGACGCGGCCCUCCACGGCGUGAACUUCGCCUCCGCGGCGGCGGGGAUCCUUGACAACACGGGCCAGAACUUCGUGGGGCGCAUCCCGUUCAACCAGCAGAUCAAGAACUUCGAGCAGACGCUGGACCAGCUGGGCCGCAAGCUGGGCGGCGCGUCCCGGCUGGCGCCGACGCUGGCGCGGAGCAUCUUCUACGUCGGGAUGGGGAGCAACGACUACCUCAACAACUACCUGAUGCCCAACUACAACACCCGUAACGAGUACAACGGCGACCAGUACUCCACGCUGCUGGUGCAGCAGUACGCCAAGCAGCUGGGCACGCUCUACAACCUGGGCGCGCGCAGGUUUGUGAUCGCCGGGGUGGGGUCGAUGGCGUGCAUCCCCAACAUGCGGGCGCGGAGCCCCCGGAACGUGUGCUCGCCGGACGUCGACGACCUCAUCAUCCCCUUCAACAACAAGGUGAAGGCCAUGGUGAACAGCCUCAACGCCAACCGCCCCAACGCCAAGUUCAUCUACGUCGACAACUACGCCAUGAUCUCCGAGAUCCUCCGCAACCCAUGGUCCUACGGGUUCAGCGUGAUCGACCGCGGGUGCUGCGGCAUCGGGAGGAACCGGGGGAUGAUCACCUGCCUGCCGUUCCUGCGGCCGUGCCUGAACCGCAACACCUACAUCUUCUGGGACGCCUUCCACCCGACGGAGCGGGUGAACGUGCUGCUCGGCAGGGCGGCGUUCAACGGCGGCAACGACGUCGUCUAUCCCAUGAACAUCCAGCAGCUCGCCGCAUGGCAGCCGUAGUAGGACGGCGAGGACGUGUACGGCCCCCUGUCAAGUUGUCGUCGAUCAAUUCAUGAUUUUUGAAGCAGUGGUGUGCAUGGGUGUAGUGUGUACAAGAUCACGGUCAUCAUAGUAGGAGGGAGCUGAACCGAGUUAUGAGUAGUGUAUCCAGGGUCCUGUUAUUUGUGUUAGAAUCGUGUCUGCUGUUUUUGGUCCAUCCAUGGGUACGGUGUUCGCUUAAUUAGUAGUACUACGUACCUGCUGUGUCCUGCAUCAGAGAUAUCAGUGGAGUUAUUUUGGUGGUUGGUGUGGUUAUCUCCAUGUUCGCCAGCUUAAUGAUAUACAGAGCUGUGCUACCUUUUUA